GCCGUCAUACAUGAGGAAUCCGAAUAUUUUCCCCUUUUUUUACUUGUUAUUCUCUGUUUGAAGAAAAUGGUUUCGAGUACAAGAUAUUUGCGACUCGUAUAAACCAGUAAAACCACUACUCAGAAGCUUUUGUUUAUAUGUAUUAUUGCAAAAGCGCUGUCUGGCCCCUAAUAACCUGGGAACAAAAACGUGCGCGACGCGCGAAAAAGACACGCUAUUGCGCGCCUACGCGGUAUAUACAGAUGGCGGGAAGUUGGAAUAUUCAACAAGUCAAUUUGUAAUACAAAUUUCCAAGAUUGUAUCCAUAUGGCUGAAAACAGUAAAGAAGAGAUCGCAGCAAAUAUCAACCUAAGCCUAGUACAGGUAUCUAAUAAUCAGUGGCUCAAUGACGAGAUAAUAAAUUUCUAUGGAAAUCUUCUACAAGAAUGCGCACAGAAGAUGCCUAAUGUAUCAAUCACAAUUAAAAACAGCUUCUGUUUCACAAAGUUUAAAAAAGAGGAAUUUUCCAAUUCAUUUGCUAGAUGGAUGGACAAGGAUAGUUCAGUUCUAAGUGACUUGCUCAUGUUCCCUAUCAAUGAAGAUAAACACUGGACACUAUGUGUGGUGGACAAAAGAAAUAAAGUUGUCACCUACUAUGACUCCUUGGGUGGUACAGAUUGCAUACCUGACUAUGUUGUGGAUCAUUUAAAAUUAAUAAGAAAACUUGUUACUCACCUAUACCCUGAACAUAAUUCAGAGUCUUGGAGUUUUGGGACUGCAAAAGAUAUUCCGAAACAAGACAACUACAUUGACUGUGGAGUAUUUCUGUGUCAGUACAUGAAGCAUUUGGUAUUUCAACAGCCAUUCUCAUUCAACCAGAAAGAUAUAGCAAAAAUUCGAUUGGAUAUGGUGAAUGAAAUAAGAAACAAAGAAAUUAAAGCAUGCGCAUUAGAGCGACCAUCUGUAACAUCACCAGAACAGACUGCGAUAGUGUUGCCAGAUGAUGUAGUUAAAUCCUCCCCCUUAAGUGAAACAGGUGACAUCCUCUCGAUUAAAGAAGAAGUAGAUCAAGAUGCUAGUAAUGACAUAUUUUACGUUGGUAGAAAGUUCUAUACUGUAAAUGACUUUAAUGAGGCCAAAGCCAAAUAUGAGGAUAUUCACUUUUGCGAGCUGUGGAAACGAGAUGUCAGAACCCUUGUAUCUGCACAGAAGCGAGUCCCCAAACGAGUAGCAAAUGCUGAGUUGAGCCUCCAGUACUACUCCCUGAAAUUAAGCUGCAAAUUUGGAGGAAGAAAAGCAGAGAAUAGAGACGACAGAAAGCGUGAUACUAAAACCUUUAAACAAGGAUGUCAGUUCGAAGUUUAUAUUGUUUUGUCCACGGACGGAAAAGCGUUAGAAGUUAUGAAAAUGACCAUGGAUCACAACCAUUCUCUGUCAGAAGAACUGUACAAACAUCUACCUCGUCAGCGAAAGCUCACUGGUGCACUGAAAGAGGAAAUCCAAGGUGCAGUGCGCCUAAAAGCUAACAACAAACUGCUGCAACAGAAAAUACAAACCACGACAGGACAGCGAGUAACAUUAAAGGAUAUUUCAAACUUGAAAACCAAAACCAAGUCGAAAAUAAAUAGCAAUGACCUUGACGUCGUCGUGGAUUAUCUGAAGACAAAAGAAGGCGCAGUUGUAGAAGUAGCAACGGACGAAGACAGCAAUUUUAAGUCUCUUUUCUUUCAAGACCAGUACAUGAAACAUGCGUACGACAGGUUUCCUGAGCUCCUGCUUGUGGAUGCUACUUACAAACUUCUUGAUUUGAGAAUGCCACUCUAUGUGCUGAUGGUAGUGGAUGGAAAUGGCCUUAGUGAUAUUGUCGCCCUUCUAAUCGUUGCUGAAGAGAGUGAAACUGUCAUAACAGCAGCCAUGGAAGCAUUUAAAAGGCACAAUCCAGCUUGGAUAAGGACUACAGUAAUCAUGUCCGACAAGGAUUUCACAGAACGUCAAGCCUUCGCCAAAUGCUUUCCCAGCGCAUCCCUACUUAUAUGCCUUUAUCAUACACUUCGAACUUUCAGAAGGGAGAUAACAGUUGAGAAAAUGGGGAUAACGUCAGGUGAACGGGACAGAGUUCUUGAGAUAUUAACCGCAAUAAUUUAUUCCAAAACAGAAGAAGCCUAUGAAGAAAACGUAAAUCUGUUAAAGGAAACCAAAUCAAAAGCUGUAAGAAACUAUUUCUUUGACAAUUGGCACCCUAUAAAAGAGCAAUGGGUUUCUUGUUUUAAGGAUUCAACUUUUAACCUUGGUGAAACAACCAACCAAUCGUUUAGAGAGUGCUAA